UUUGCUAAUAUUCGCCAUAAUACAUAAUUUAGUUAAAGUUAAUGGUUGACAGAGCAACGAACUCCACUUCCCUUCCUCCGGAGAGAAGAAGUUAGGCAAAACUGCAAUGGAAAUGGAGUAAUGGAUGGCUUGUGGUUGUGUGUCGAUAAAUACAGAUCUCCGAAAAAAGUGGAUUUUCAUUAGAUUUUAACAUUGAAUCAUCUUUAAAAUAUUGUAUUUUAUAUAAUUAAUAACUAGACUCAUGAAGAGUUAUAAAACCGACAAUGUCGGUACACUACAAAUUCAAAUCAACAAAAGACUAUGAUACUCUCACAUUUGAUGGCCUACACAUUUCAUUAAAAGAUUUGAAAAAGUCGAUAUUCCAACAGAAAAAUUUGGGGAAAAACACAGAUUUUGAUCUUCUUGUUAAAAAUGCUCAAACGGACGAAGUAUAUACUGAUGAGGCCACCUUGAUUCCUAAAAACACGUCAUUGAUAGUUCAUCGUGUACCCCUUUCUGUCCAAGCUAAACGUGCCAAUACCAGGCAAGGGCUUAAUCCUCAUCUUCUGCCUGCAACGAAGGAUCAAAUAUUUCAAGAUGGAGAAUCCGGGGGAUUCAUUCAUUCCAGUCAAGUGGAUUUGGCUAGAAUGGAAGGAAGUGAAGAUGAUAAGAUUUCAGCAAUGAUGUCACAAUCAACUCAGGACUACGACCCUGCCAACUACCAACGUGUACGUAAUAACCAAACUGGACCACUUCCUCAACACUACCGUUGUUUCAAGUGUCAUGGAAUAGGCCUUCACUGGACCAAGGAUUGCCCGUUGAGAGAUAUGCAGGAAUCUGUGGAUAUUAAGAAGAGCACUGGAAUCCCCCGCAGUUUUAUGGUACCUGUAGAAGGUCCUUUAGUUCCUGGUGCCAUGAUGACUCCCAUGGGCCACUUUGCUGUCCCCGCCAUAGACCACCAAGCCUAUAAGGAGGGUAAAAAAGAGCGCCCUCCUUUUUCGUCUGAACCCAUACCAGAACCAGAAAAACCAGAAAUUCCUGAGGACCUCUUGUGCUCUUUGUGCAAAGACCUACUUACAGAUGCAGUUAUGAUGCCAUGUUGUGGAAAUUCUUUUUGUGAUGACUGUAUUCGCACUUUUCUUUUGGAAUCUGAUGAUCAAGAGUGCCCUCAGUGUCUUGAAAAAGAAAAGACACCAGAAAUGCUAAUUCCUAAUAGGUUUCUGCGGAAGCGGGUUGCUGAUUUUGGAGAUCAGACUGGCUACCGUAAGCCACACAAAUCCCAACCUCCUCCCAAGUUAAUACCUCCAGAACCAGCACCACCUCAACCAGAACAUCAGCCUCCUUCAGAUCCAGUUCCUGAUUCGUCCUCUGCAGCCACUUCGUCUCAAACUGAAGGUGAAACACCUGAGCAACGUCCAUCUCCUCCACCAUCACCAUUCAUUCAACCACCCAUAAGUACUGGAUCAGGCAUCCCUGUUCUAGGAGCACCCAUUAAAACCACAUCUCAUCACUCAGAUAUUUCUUCAAAACGCACUGUUGACAAGGCACCCUCAGUGAGGAAGGAAACAAAGACAGAACAAAACUUGGAAUCUAAUGAGGACUUUAAGCACUCUAAGCAAGAUAGACACAACAGAGAUAGGACAUACGAUAGGAAAAGAUAUAGGGAGAGAAACAUUGAGGAAACAAAGGAAAGAGAAAGGCACCCUCCACGGUCACACCCUUCUCCACACCAUAAUCAACCUUCCUCACAUCCCACAGGUGCUCCAGGUGAUGGCGCUCCUCGUGAAUUACAACGUGUGGGAUAUCACUUACAUGAAGACAGAGCUGGUACUCCCACAGUUGAUGAGCGCAACUUAGAUGCUGCUGCAAGCAUGCACCAUGGUCAAGCAUCUCAUCAUCCUCCUCCUCCUCUGCACUAUGCAGACAUGUCUGUACCACCUCCGGUUGUUCCUCAACCAUACCCACAUCCUCCCUAUGAUCGGGCUCCUGGUGCUCCUGCAUAUGGCCAUCAAAGAGGGCUGGAAGAUGGUUCAGGAUACAGCCAGCCGGUGUCGGUUCCUGCUCAACAUAUGUACAUUACUCCUUCUGCUCUGGGACCCGCCCAGCAGCCGGUACCUGUAGGGGGUUACUAUGAUGAACGAACCAUGAGCUAUUCUGUGGCACCUCAAGAUCCAAAAUAUGGAUAUGGCAGAGACAAUUUUGAUCGUGGCCCUCCGCGCUAUCCCACUCAAAAUGGAAGUCAGGCAGGGCACAAUUUGGACCCAUUAGAAGAGUUUGAGCGUAGAUUGAGGAUGAAAGAAGAAAAUGAAAAAAGGAGGGAAAAAUUGCGUCAAAGGAGUCCACGGUCCCGGUCAUAUUCCCGGUCACGUUCCCGCUCCCGGUCCCGCUCUCCACGUUCGCGCACUCCUCUCUCGCGGACGCGCAGCCGCACCCGCAGUCCCCGAAGCCGCAGCCGAACACCACGGCGCUCACUCAGCCGUUCUCCUCUGAAAAGUAGAAAGUUCACAAGAUCACGCUCCAGAACUCCCAGGAGAUCUUGGAGUCGGUCCAUCUCCCGAACCAGGCGAACACUUACUCCUCGUCGCUCACGAACUCCCCCGCCAAGAAAGCGGUCUCGCACAAGAACUCGCUCGCGUAGCAGGUCCCGUUCAAGAAGUCGAUCUCCCUCCUUCAGCCUCAGUAGGUCUCGUUCUCGAUCAUUGUCACCUCGUGAGAGACGCCCUCUCUCUCCGCGACCCAGAAGGGACCCGCUUGACAGAGAUGGCCCAAGGCUUUAUAGAUCUAGAACUAGAAGUCCUCCACCGAGGUAUCCUCAAAGAUAUCCACGUGAUGCUGCUCCCUACUACGACGCAGACUCUGGUUACGGACGUGGUCGUGGCAGAGGAAGAGGUGGCAGAGGGAGAUCUGCUGGUCCUGGCAGUCAAGGAGGCAUGAUCCCACCUAGCUACCGGAAAGACUAUGAUGUGGCACCUCGAGACAGCUAUCGUUAUCCACCAGAAGGGCCUUACAGCCACCCUCCUCAGCACACCAGGUACGGAGACAAGCGGUACGACGGCCCCAGUGGGCCCCUAGGCCCUGGCCUUGGACCCAUGCCCGGUCCGGCCCCACCCCCUGGCCCUUACCGCCCCACAGCCAGGAUGCCAUCGCCGAGGCGCUACGACGGGGAGGCCCCGAUGCUGGCACAGUACCACCACCACCACCAGGCCGCGGCCACGGGCCACGGCCCACCGCCGCAGCUGCUGCCCCCGCCGCCCCACGUGCCAUCCCACCCGGCGCCCUACAGGGACGACCGGGACAGCGACCGCGAGCGGGACAGGGAACGGCCAAGGGACCGGCCGCCCCCGCGGCCUCGAGACAAGACGCCGCCCCCGCCUGGCACCUGGGAGCCCGGCUGGGACCGCGACCGGGACAGGCCCGCGCCCAGGGACAGGACGCCGGACAGGAGCAGGACUACCGACGCCCCCCGCCCGCGCUCCGCGGACAGGCCCCGCGACAGGGAGGCCGACAGGGACCGCGAGCGUGACCGCGACCGGGAGCGGGACUCAGACAAGGAGGUGGCGCCGCCCGGGGUGAGUGACUACGAGGCUUCAAGAGACCGCCCCAGGGACUCGAGGGACGCCAAGGACACCAGGGACCGCGAGCGAGCCGACGCCAAGGACUCCAGAGACGCCAGGGACAUCCCCGUGCUCACAAGUCAGCCGGUGCACACCUCUCACCCAGGACACCCACCUCACCAAGGUCAUCCGCCACACCAAGGACAUCCACCUCAUCCAGGGCACCCACCUCAUCCAGGACACCCACCUCAUCCCGGCCACCCGCCGCCGCACGCGCCCAUGCUCCCCAUCGGGCCGGCACACGGAUGGCCCGUGCCCAGCGUUCCCGUCGGGCCCGGGGCGCACAUGAUCCCGCCGCUCAUGAACCAGCCCGUCAUGUACGACCACUGGGACAGGAUGAGAGACCGACCGGACCGACCGGAUCGGCCGGACAGGCCGGAUCGGGCCGUCCAUGUUACGGACCGUCCACGGAGGGACGACUUCAGAGGCAGGGAUAGGGAUCGAGACAGGGAGCGAGACCGGGAAAGGGACAGGGAUCUCCACCGCGGCAAGGACCGUGAUCACGUGGACAAGCACCGGGAUCGCGACAGGGAUCGAGAGCGUGACCGGGACCGCGACCACGAUCGGUCCAGGGAUCGUGAUCGGGAACGCGAGAAGGAAAAGGACAAAGACAAGGAGCGCGAGAGGGAGAAGGACAGAGACGGACGCCACCACUCAAGCUCCAAGGAAGGACGGUCAAGAGAGGGCAAGGAGAACAAGCAGUCCCAUGCUCACUCGCGGGAGGAAGAAAAGGAGCGCGAGAAGGAGCGAGAAAGAGAAAAGGAGAAAGAGCGAGAAAAAGAAAUUUCAAAAGAGAAGAAGAAGGAGGAGGCAAAGAUUAAGAAGAAGAAGGAAAGAAAAGACAAGGAAAAGGACAAAGAAAAGCAUAGCUCAGGGGACAAGAAAGAUAAGAAGAAGAAGAAGCACCACAAGGACAAGCAGGUGAAGGAAGAUCAACUCGACCUGAAGAAGGUCGACAAGAAAACUAUCAAGGCAGAGGAGGGUGAUGAACUGCGUGCGGUUUUGGAGUCCACAGAAAACACCGUUCAUGACUCCACCUCCAUCACCAAGGAAAGUGUCCCCGUCAAGCCCGAGCCCGAGGAGCGCCUGCAGGAGAAGUUAGAGAGGACGCCCAUCAAGGAGGAGGUUGCGGUGGAGCUGGCGGCGGCCGAGUCCCUCGCAGAGAAGGAGGCUGACAGCACGCCCAGUGGCCCCGGUCUGCUCGUCGGGCUGGGCCUGGUGGACAGCGGGGGAAGCACCGCCACCGAGUCCCCGCUGGAUGUGAAGACGACGUCGGAGGCGACGCCGGAGCGCAGGCUGAGCUCGACGGUGGCCACGGAGCCGGACACGAACACGCCCAGCCCGCUCAAGACUGGAGAGAUGCUCGCGCCCCUGCCGGAGCCCUCCAAGUGGGAGCUGAUGGAGGACGCUUCGUCUGGCCAGGAGAACGAGAGCAGCACGGAGCAGGGCGGCGGCAGCGCCAAGAGGGACAAGGUGGUCACGUCGGAGGUGAUCAAAAGGGCCGAGAACGCCAUCUUCCAGAAGGCGGCCUCCAAUGCCAUACGCCCGCUCGACUCCAAGAAGGGCGGCGAGCGCAAGGUGUACGUGGACAAGGACAAAGACAAAGACAAGGACAAGGAGCGGGAGAAGGAGCGCAAGGUGUCGUCCACCACGCCGGACGAGAAGGGCACCGAGGUGCUGCUGAACGCGCUGCAGGCCAGCGAGGGCCGCGAGGCCAAGGAGGUUAACAACAGCAUCACCAUCACGGUGCCCGUGCGCGUGGAGGCCGCAGCGCCGGAGCGCGAGGGCAAGUCCUCGCCCCUGUCGCGCGUCUCGGCCAAGGACAGGCUGGGCGGGCGCGUGGACGACGCCCCGAUCGAGCUCCGAGAGCCCACGUCCUCCGGGCGGAGGGUGUACCGCGGCCCUGACCGCGCCGCCAGCCCCAGCGCAGCGGCCAACGCGCCCUCGUCGUCGUCGUCCUCGCGGCACUCCCACCAUCACCGGCACAAGUCGUCAGCAGCGGCCGCGCUCAAGGGCAGCAGCAGCGCCAUCGCCGGCCUCAACCCGGAGCGGCCCGGCACGCCCACGCCGCCGCACUCGGUCGACCGGAAGCACAGCAGCUACGCCAGCGAGGACCGGCGCCAGGGCCGCCACCAGGACCGCGACCGGGAGCGCGAGCGCGAGCGCGACAGGGAGCACGAGCGGCGCCGCGGCCACUUCGAACACGACGGCGUGCGCGGCGACUCGCGCUCGGGUGACGACCGCGACCGGCGGCGGCACCACGACGACGAGCGGGACCGCGAGGAGCGCGAGCGAGCCGGCCGCCGCGGCCGCGAGGAGCGCGUGGAGCGAGCGGAGCGGCGCGACAGCAGCGACCGGCCGGACCGCGCCGAGAGGGCGCACCUGGCGAGCAGGGUGGUGGUGCAGGCGCCCGCCCAGCCCCACCACGAGGACGACUCGGUGGCCAAGGCCGACAGCAAGUCUCAGUCGCCCGCCAGCCACAAGGCGCACAAGGUCAAGGACGCCAAGAAGAAGCGGCGGCGCUCUCGCAGCUCGAGCCGCGAGCAGGCCAAGAAGAAAAAGAAAAAGAAGGACAGGAAGAGGCGCAAGAGUAGGAAGAAGAAGGCCAAGAAGGCGGAGAAGAGCGACUCGAGCGACGACGAAGACGACGACGAGGACUCUGAAGAUGAGGAGGACAAUGACGAGGACGGGGAGCAGAAUGCAGCGGGUGCCGGCGAGAAGGGCAAGGAAGCUGACAAGGCCCAGCCUGGUCCGGCCGACAAGAGCACCACCGCAACCGCCCCGCCGAAGAAGAAGCGGAAGCAGUCCCUCGGCGACGCCAAGAAGCCUGGGCUGGACGAGGCCAACUUCGAACCGGACUACGACGCGUCGACAUCGGGCGAGAGUGAACAAGAGGACGGAGAGGCUGGCAAGGCGACAAACGCCCAGGGCGAGAAGUCGUCUGAGAAACCUGCUGCUCAAGAGACUGAUGGUGCUGCUGAAAGUGGUACUUCCCUGAAGAAGCGAUCGCGCUCCCCGGAGACAGGUGCGCCCGAGGAGAAGAAGAAGAAGGUGAAAGCGGACGAAGGAGACGCCGAGGUUGAUGGCAAGAAAACCAAAGAUUUAAGUAAGAAGGAGAAGGCCAAGAAGGACAAAGCUGGUAAGAAGAGGGCUAAGAGCGAGACAAGCUCUGAGAGCGAGUCAAGUUCUGAGGAGGACAGCAGCGACGAAGAGAGUAGUUCCGACUCGUCUGAAGAAGAGAAAAAGAGGAAAAAGCGCAAGGCAAAACGCAAGAAGAAGGAGGAAAAGAAGAGAAAGAAGAAAGCUAAGAAGAAGAAGACUGAGUCCAGCUCUGACUCCGAAUCAGACUCGGAGGACUCGACAAGUAGUGAAUCGGAUUCUGGUAAAAAGCAUUCAAGUAAAUCUAAAAAGAAACAUAAACGGAAGGCGAAGAAUAAGAAAAAGAAGUCUAAGCAUAAAUAAGAUGGGGGGUGAGGGAGGGGAGGGGGUCAUGUUAGAUAGAAGGUUGUGCCUGCUUUAUUGUGUGAUGGGUGCCAUCUGAGAUGGACCCAUUUUAUUUUAACAAAGGACUUAGCAUUUGCUCAUGGUAAAUCAUUUUGUGUUUGUUGAUUGUUAGAGUGGAGUGUUUCCACUGAAUGCUGUGCAUUGUUUGAGUUUUGAUCCGUUUUCUCCAGAUUGUAGAAUUGUAAUGCAUGCAUGUAGAACUCAUUUGGUAUUUAAUCUUCAUUCCAAAAAUGAAAGGUGAACUGUGAUUCAAUAUUUUGUCAAGGCUCAGUGAUCAACAGCACUGAUGGGAGAAUUAUUUAUAACAUUUCUUGAUGUGUUGUUGUAAUUUCGACUUUGAUCAUUGUACAUAGGAUAAGAACUUUAAUUGUCACUGAAGUGCUGGUCCUUCAUUUUUCAUAGUUAGGAUCUGAAAAUAAUGACUGAUGGCAAGGGCUAAAUGAUGAAAUACUGUCAGCAUGAGGGACUUCACCAUAUUGCUCUUGUUAUUGAUUACAGAUUGGAACAAGUUUCAUGUAUCAUACUAAAAAAAAACAAUAAAAUAAAAUUAUAAUUUUCUAUUUCAA